ACAGCGGUUUAAGUGAUGAGUUAUUAACAAAUAUUGAGGUUUGUAAUCCCGAUCUUAGUAGCCAUAGUCAAAGUGAAAUUUUCUUUUCGAAGAAAGAAAUAACGACCGAAAACUCUCAAUACAAUGAUAUACUUUCUAUUUCUUAUCUGUUUAGACGAUCAAUAUUCCUACACAUUAUGGCGUAGUACAAGUUAAUAAACAAGGAGCAGCAAAUCGUACAGUUAUCGUUACGUAUCAUGAUAUUGCUUAUAACUCUGCGACUCAAUUUCAUCAGUUUUUUUCAUUUACUGAAAUGGCGCCAAUAACACAAUCUUUCACUAUUUAUCACAUAAAUGCACUUGGUCAAGAAGAUCAAGCUAAACCACUUUCAUCAAAUCAGCCGUAUCCAACAAUGGAACAAUUAGCUGAAACUGUUCAAGAUGUUUUCACUCAUUUGAAUAUAAAAUCUGCCAUUGGCUUUGGAGUUGGUGCUGGUGCAAAUGUUUUGGCUCGUUUUGCUCGACCGGCGAAAGACGUUAUGAACGAAAACUGGAGUGAAUCAUUGAAAAAUUUUCUUAUUUCGUACCAUUUAGGCAACGAAACUCAAUCUACACACCUUGGUCUUGUGCAAUCAGUCCGCCGUCAUUUAGAAGAAGACGUAAAUCCCAGAAAUGUUAUGAAAUAUGUAAAUUCAUACUUCAAACGUACUUCAAUAACAAUGGAACAACCAUCGGAUGCAAAUAAAAACUCCGUACCAUCAAAAACUUUGAAAUGUUCAGUUAUAAAUGUCACUGGUUUUUCCUCUCCACAUAAAAAUGACGUCUUUUUCACAAAUGAUAAAUGUGAUCCAUCCAAAUCCUCACUUGUAGAAUUUGCUGACUGUGGUGGCUUUGUUCUUGAAGAACAACCAGCUAAAAUGGCCGAAGCAUUUCGUCUAUUUUUACAAGGACUGGGUACUUUGUCACAUCUGAGUAUUCCACGUUAUUCAACCGCUGACCGUUUAGCUGAACAAACGAUAGAUUUUAAAAAGAAGUACGGUAGUCAUAAGGCAGCACCACGUCGUUUAAGUGCACCAUAUAGUAGUCACGAGUAUACACCACGUCGUCCAUCUCAAAUGUAUGAGCAUAGCCUCCACUCAAUUAACGAUUAUGAUGAAAAGAAUGAAAUAUUAUAA